AUGAUCGCCAUCGCCUACACAGACGAGACGACGCCUUUGGACCCAGGCCACAAUGAUCCUCGUCGCUCUCCGCCAUCAUACCAAACUAUACAUCCAGAUGACACUAACCAGUCAAAUAAUCAUGCCAUCACAGAUGGAGAGAACGGCGCAUCGACUGAGUCCCCUCCAACCAAGCCAUCUUCUGAGGCGUUAACCAGUGUGGGAAGCAUAGUCGCCGUGCUCCUUCUUGGUGAAUUCAUAUCAAAUGCCGAUGCAACGCUGAUCAUGACCGCCACUGCCUCUAUCACUUCCGAAUUCAACCAACUCCAGGGAGCAGCCUGGUUGUCGACUGGAUAUACCCUCGGGUUAUGUGCGGCUCAGCCUACGUAUGGGAAACUGAGUGACAUCUACGGGCGGAAGCUGCUUUUGCUGGUGUCCUAUCUCUUUCUCGCACUGGGCUGUCUUGUGUGUGGACUGGCAACUGACCUGUGGAUUGUCAUUCUGGGACGAGCCAUCAGUGGUAUAGGAGGUGGCGGGAUCAUGACCAUGAGUUCGAUUAUCAUCACCGGUACUAUCCACUUGUCAAAGUCGGAGGCGCCUGCUGACUGCCUAGAUGUUGUGUCCAAGCGAGAGGUUGCCAAAUGGCGAGCCUACGUGAAUGUAUCGAUGACCCUUGGUCGGAGUGUUGGAGGCCCAGUCGGGGGAGUCCUGACAGACACCAUAGGCUGGCGAUGGGCAUUCCUUCUUCAGGUCCCUCUUCUCGGCCUCGCUGCAAUCCUCGUCAUCGUGCAGCUGAAGCUUGUCCACCACGCUCCUCUGGACACGCCAGGAAAUCAAUUGAAGCUUCGCCGUGUGGAUUUCCCGGGUGCCCUCUCAAUCGCCACGAGCAUCACUACUAUCAUUCUCCUUCUCGAUCAAGGUGGCAAAUCAUUCCCCUGGGUGUCUGCGCCCACGCUUUUUCUAGCUAGCCUGGGAAUGGUAUCUCUUGCACUGUUCGUCUAUAUCGAGCUGUUCGUCGCGAAAGAGCCAAUCUUCGACCUGCAGAUCCUCCGGCGUCCGAAUAUCAUCCCCAGCUAUCUCAUUAGCGCGCUGCAAGUCGGGGCUCAGGUCGGCAUGAUGUUCUCAGUGCCGCUCUAUUUUCAGGUCACCGCGAAGGCCUCCAGCACAAUCGCCGGGGCUCAUUUGGUCCCCGCGGUGAUAGGGAACACCGUAGGUGGGCUGGUGGCGGGUGUUUUCAUUCGACGCACCGGGAACUACAAGCCAGUCCUCGUCGUCGCUGGGCUGGUAGCCUCCAUCACAUAUGUCUUGCAAGUCGUCCGAUGGAACGGCCACACUGGACCAUGGGAAUCUAUGUACAUCGUGUUUGGGGGGUUGGGAACGGGGCUCGCAUCCUCUGCCGCGUUUGUGAGCAUGACCGCGUUCCUGGAGCCGCAGGAUAUUGCCAUGGCUACCAGUGGGUAUCUCCUCCUUCUCAGCUUUGCUAUGACGGCCGGGGUGACUACGACAUAUACUGUGCUGGGAUCGGAAUUCAAGAGGCAGUUGCAGACCCGGUUGCAUGGGCCGGAUGCGCACAAAGUAAGGAAGCUAGUCUCUGGCGGAAUCCAUAUUAACAGUCAUCUAGAUCAUUCAACGUGCCUUGUCGAGUAUCGACUACAUCGCCGGCCUUACUGGAUCACUUCGGGAUAUAGUUGUGGACAGCUAUGUGGCCGGCCUGAGACAUGCAUACAGUAA